UCUCACUAUCUGCUGGGUGACUUCUCCUUUCCAUACCAGCAAUGGCCGAAUUUUAAAACGCACCACUGGAAGAUAGGAGCGACUUUGUCUGUAUGUUCUGAUAUGGUCAAAGCCCUAAAUGUCAAAUAUGCUGAGAAUGAAGAUAUUUGUUUUGCCAAAAGUCUGAAGAAGACUGGAAGAACUGCGGACUUUUAAAGUGUUCAUAGCUGUGCCAUAACCUGGUAAAUAUUUUCAGCUCGAAGAAAUGGCUCUAUCCCAGAUCCAGUGCCUGGAUGAUAACAACGUAAACCCGCGGAUCUACGAGUCCAAACCGGAGUUCUUCUACUGUGAGGAGCAGCGUCUCGCGCUUGAAGCGCUCCUCCGGGAUGGUCGCGAGGCGUUCGCCAAGUACCUGGAGUCUCGCGGCCUGCGGGGUUUCCUCUCCGACCUGGAGCAGGAGACACUGGCCGCCGCUCUGGAGCCCUUUGACCCGGACGCGGAGCUUUUCUCCGGGGAGAGAGAGGGAGAGCCGGAGCCGCUGUCGUUGCAGUACUGGCCGGACGUUUCGGACACCUCUAUCCCUCAAAUGGACCUGGGCUGGCCUGACAGCGAGUCGUACAGAGGGGUGACACGCACGACAGUGUACACACAGCCCCCGAUGGAGGGUCAGCCCCACAUCAAAGAAGUGGCCAGAAAAAUGAUUGCACAGGCGCAGAAGGUAGGUGUGAUAGCCGUGGUGAUGGAUGUCUUCACUGACGUCGACAUCUUCAGAGAUCUGUUAGAUGCCGGGUUUAAAAGGAAGGUGUCUGUUUACAUCCUGCUGGAACGCACAAUGCUACCUCAUUUCCUUUCAAUGUGUCGGAGGGCUAACAUGCAUCCCGGGCACCUGAAGCAUCUUCGUGUACGAUGCACAGAAGGCUCAGAGUUUUACACUCGGUACUGCACCAGGAUCAAGGGGCAACUCGGGCACAGGUUUAUGUUCAUUGAUGGAGACAAAGCUGUGUCUGGGUCGUACAGUUUCACAUGGAUGUCUUCACGACUGGAUAGAAAUCUCAUCACUGUUACCACGGGCCAGGCUGUGGAUGCUUUUGACCAAGUGUUUCGCUACCUGUAUGUUACUUCUAGUUUUGUUGACCUCCGCCAAGUCACCACAGAUCCUGAGCCUGAACCAGACACUCGACAUCAGCCUUUGAAUCCAUCACCCAAAUCUCAGCCACGUCAGCAGCCAGGCAGCAGAGGUUCUUCACCUUCGCGACCACUGAGUUCCACUAGAGGCUCCCAAGCUCAGGCACCUCGUCCUUCGGGAAUCCGUGAUCUUAGCCAACCAGAAAGCAGGGCUCUUCAAAGUAAUGUCAAAGAGUUUGUUUACAAGCCACCUCCUCGCAGAUCACAAUCCAGAUCCCCCUCUCCAAUGAAAGCUGCUCCUACUGGGUCUGCAGCCGGGCGAAAGCAGGUCUCCCAGAGCCAGCUGCUCACUUGGCAGCCUCCAGCCGCGCAGACUCGGUCAAAGUUUGACCCACCACAAAUCAAGGCUGCAAAGCAACAGGCCUCCACUCUCCACACACUUUCCAGCUUGCAGCCUCAGGCCCACCCUCUUGCCUCUAGUCAAGAAGUGUCUGAACAGGCAGCUCAAGAAACAGAAGAAGCAAGGGUUCCUUUUAACUUAUCUCUCAGCAGGUUAUACAACUUUAAGGGAUUAAGGGACAAAUGGACCAAGCUGCCGACUCAGAGCAGGAGAAGUAGAACUGGCACACCGAAGUUGAUGGCACGCAGCCCGUCCACGCUGCAGCACAUGCAGACACGGACAGAGACACAGAACACAGAGAUGACCCGCGGCUUCCUGUGGAACAUCUCUGCUGCAUCCUUCUCAGCAUCUUCUGGGGAUCGUUAA